CUCGCUGUCGCCAGCGCCCCGAUUGUUGCUGGGUCCUCGGGAGCCCAAGACGCGCAGGCGGUGCUGCCCUCCUUACCAGCAAGGCCGAGCCCGCGCUAGCAUCCGGCAGGGAAAUGGUCGUGGUUUCCGUGCCCGCCGAAGUCACCGUAAUCCUGUUAGAUAUAGAAGGUACCACAACCCCGAUUGCUUUCGUGAAGGACAUCUUAUUUCCGUACAUCAAAGAAAAUGUCAAGGAGUAUCUGCAGACACACUGGGAAGAGGAGGAGUGUCAGCAGGAUGUCAGCCUGCUGAGGAAACAGGCUGAAGAAGAUGCACAUCUGGAUGGGGCUGUUCCGAUACCUGUGGCAUCUGGCGGUGAUCUGCAGCAGACGAUCCAGGCCGUGGUAGACAAUGUAGACUGGCAGAUGUCUCAUGACCGCAAGACCACGGCACUCAAACAGCUGCAAGGCCACAUGUGGAAGGCGGCUUUCACGGCUGGCCGCAUGAAGGCAGAGUUCUUUGCAGACGUGGUUCCUGCAGUCAGAAGGUGGAGAGAGGCUGGAAUGAAGGUGUACAUAUAUUCUUCAGGGAGCGUGGAGGCACAGAGGCUGCUCUUCGGGCACUCCACAGAGGGAGACAUUCUUGAGCUCAUCGAUGGGCACUUUGACACCAAGAUUGGACACAAAGUGGAGAGUGAGAGUUACCGGAAGAUCGCAGAUAGCAUCGGCUGCUCAACCAACAACAUCCUGUUCCUCACGGAUGUCACUGUAGAGGCCAGCGCUGCUGAGGAAGCAGACGUGCAUGUGGCUGUGGUGGUGCGGCCUGGCAAUGCGGGACUCACUGACGACGAGAAAACGUACUACAACCUCAUCACGUCCUUCAGCGAGCUCUGCCUGCCGUCUACAUAGAGCAAGGUCUGAGGAAGGUUCCCUGUCCCCUAGUGUCUAGCUUUAUUCUAAUUGUAAAAGUAACUUACCGUGUACACACAGACGUAUGCAAGAGUAUAUAUGUGGAUCUGUGCUCAGAUUAAUUUCCAUGGGCACAUAAUGUGAGAAAAGUUGUCAGUUCCAUGAGGACCAAAUUCAUGUAAAGAUACUUUAUCUGCAGACAUAAAUCUAAGUCUUACCAAGGCCAGAGUGUUUUUGAUAGAAGAAACUGCAAACAUACAGAUCAAAUUUGUGACGUUUAUCAAAUCGUUUGCCAAAAUGGAAAGCUAGUUUUGAGAAAUUAUUAUCUAGAUACUGUGUUAUUUUAAAGCCUGGGCAUGCUUCAAAGGCACCAUAAGAAGAGCCCACAGUCCCCAUCCUGAGAGUGUGCAUCCAGCUGCUGCACUAAGACUCAGAGAGCACAUCUGGGAGAGGUGGUCUGCUCAGUCAGGAUGGAACGUGCUAGCAACACGAGCCUGCCACUGAGCAGUGCUCAUGGAACAGCUGAGGCCGCCGUGAAGGGCACCACUAACCCUCCAGUGUUAUCGUGUUUUAGAGUUACCUUUCUGUGUCUUAACACAGUUUGAGAAUAUAUGUUAAUGACUAUUUUUUUUAAAAAAAAGUGUUUUAUUGAAACCAGUGUAACACGAAGAGCUCCAAUGUGUAAUCCUUCCUCUGAAAUGGAUGUAAAGAUGUUCCUUUUAUAACAGCAGUGUUUAUCUUGAAGCUACUCUGACAGGGUUUCCUGUCAGUUCUGUGUAAUUAAUUAAUAAAGGCAUUUUCUUCUUUCAGUUUCAUA